AUGGCGAGCGCAUUAAUGGGCUUGCCCCCGAGCGACGCAACAGAAGGCUUUGAGAAGGUUCAAACUGUGCCUAAACUAGAUACCAAGGAUGUGUCGGUUGAUGAAGCCGCUGCAUCCUUUGUUUUCCGCCAAAGUGCAACACAGAUAAAUGGUCCGGCGAAUGAUACCAGCGAACCUACUACGAAACGCGGUUCGAAAUCGUACGUGGAUGCCGCGACUUUGGUUUUGAAUGGUAUCGGAUCGACUAGGACGAAAUAUCCCGCUCUUAGAAGCGAAAGGUCUCUCAGUAACAGCGAGGCGAAUGCCUGGAAGGCUGGUGGCAUCCGUUUCGCACCUCUCCGAGUGCCCUUGCGCCGGCGUCUGCAAACCGGGGCAGUGCUCUUCCACUGCAUGUCCAUUGUCGUCUUGGUCUCCAUGUUCUGGUUUACUUGCGCCAAUCCUCUCAUGUGGCCAAUAUUGAUACCGUAUCUGUUGCACCUUACCUUUUCCACAGCCGCUGUUGAUGGUAAACUGGCUUAUCGCUCAGAGUAUCUGCGUUCGUUGCCAUUGUGGAAGCUGUUUGCCGGUUACUUCCCUAUUCGCCUGCACAAGACCUUUGAUCUCGACCCAAAGAGGCGAUUCAUCCUCGGCUAUCACCCACACGGUAUCAUUUCUCAUGGUGCUUGGUGUUCCUUCGCGACAAAUGCCCUCGGCUUCAGAGAAAAGUUUCCUGGCAUCACCAACAGCAUUCUCACUCUGGACUCGAACUUUCGCAUUCCAUUCUACAGAGAUUGGAUUCUGGCCAUGGGUGUUCGAUCUGUCUCAAAAGAAUCCAUCCGCAAUAUUUUGAGCCAGGGCGGCCCUAAGAACGAUGGUCAGGGUCGUGCUGUUACCAUUGUCAUUGGAGGCGCUCGCGAGUCUCUUGAGGCGCAGCCCGGUACUCUUCGUUUGAUCCUCAAAGGGCGCAAGGGCUUCGUCAAGAUGGCGCUUCGUAGCGGUGCUGACCUUGUUCCCGUGAUUGGCUUUGGCGAGAACGAUAUUUACGAUCAGCUCAGCCCGAAAACCCACCCUCUUGUGCACAAACUUCAAAUGUUUACCCUUAAAGUUUUCAAGUUCACUCUACCAGCCCUUCAUGGACGCGGCCUCCUUAACUACGAUGUCGGUCUCAUGCCUUAUCGUAGACCUGUCAACGUCGUUAUCGGCAAGCCUAUUAUAAUACAUUCAGCCCCCGGUCAUCAGCCCACAACUGACGAAAUCGAUCACUACCAUGAGCUAUAUGUUCAGGAGUUGGAAAGCCUCUGGGAAAUGUACAAAGACCACUUUGUUCCGGGACGUGUAAGCGAAAUGGAGAUUGUUAGCUAA